AUGGGUCUGCGACCCAUUUAAGUUGAAGACCAUUGGGCCUACAAGCGAGAGAGUGAAUUGGGGAUAGAAUGUCUGCGUUUAUGCUACUCCAAAUUAAACAGCGGUAACGGGAAUCAAUUGAAAGAAAAGCAGAUCAAAUCAUAUCGAUGGCGGCUAACUUUUGGACCUCAACGCAGCAGAAACAGCUGUUGGAUGCAGAAGAAGUAGAUGUAGUACACCAGGUUGACAAGGAGAUGGGUUUCACUCUCGAAGAUUGCAAGCUCAUCAAGAUGCAUAUGGCCAAUUAUAUUGCAAGGUUGGCUCAAAAUGUCAAAGUCAGGCAAAGGGUUGUGGCUACUGCUGUUACAUACAUGAGACGUGUUUACACCAGAAAAAGUAUGACUGAAUAUGAUCCUCGUCUGGUGGCCCCGACAUGCCUGUACUUGGCAUCAAAAGCAGAAGAGAGCACGGUGCAGGCUAGGCUUCUUGUAUUUUACAUCAAAAAAUUACAUUCUGAUGAAAAGUAUAGGUUUGAAAUAAAAGAGAUACUUGAAAUGGAGAUGAAAAUUUUGGAAGCUCUCAACUAUUAUUUAGUUGUAUACCAUCCAUACCGUGCAUUAUCUCAAUUACUGCAAGAUGCUGGCAUGAGUGAUGCAACUCAACUAGCUUGGGGGCUUGUCAAUGACACAUAUAAGAUGGAUCUCAUCCUUAUACAUCCUCCGCAUUUGAUUGCACUAGCCUGCAUAUAUGUUGCAAGUGUGCUGAAAGACAAAGAGAACACUACCUGGUUUGAAGAGCUCCGAGUUGAUAUGAACGUGGUCAAAAAUAUUGCAAUGGAAAUAUUGGAUUUUUAUGACAGCCAUAAAAUGAUAACAGAGGAGAGGGUACAUCUCGCCAUGCACAAGCUAGGUUUUAAACAGUAGAUGUGUUAUUUGUUCAAGUUAAUCAAACUCUGGCUGAUUAUCUGAUACCUGAUCAUGUAAUGAUUAUUGUACUGUUUCAGAACACAAACAUUCAAAUGAUAAUGUAUAAAAGUCAAUUGUUGAAAAAAGAUUGUCAGCAGCCAUAUAAUAUUUAAGAAGAGGGGAAUCUCAACUCUCGAGAUUGAAAAUGCCCCAUCUUGUUGAGAUUUUUUUUUUCC